AGCCCACGCCUCUUUGUUGUUUUUUUGUUUCUUUUCUGUUAUCUCUGUAGUCGAGGCGCGGAGGGAUUCAUGUUUCAUGUUGUACUUUCGUCGUUCCUUCUUUCGCGCUAAGCUUCCUAGUGCCUGGAUUUUUUUUUGCUUGCUCGCUCGCUUGUUACCUCCGCCACAUUGCCACUGCCUUAACAUAUCAUUCUACAUUUCAACACCUUCGGUUGUUGAUUUGAUAAAACAGUCUAUAACAAACAAGCAAGAGAACGGAACGUGUGCGUUACCAGGGAGCUGUGUACCGCGAGUAGUCUCGUGUUGAACUCGCGCCGUCCCGUGUUGUGUUCGUCGUCUUCUCCGUGUGCGACAUGAAUUGAUCGCCGUGGUUACAACAUCUUUUGAAAUGAUUUUGUUUUUCGAAAUGAAAAUUGAUCAGUGAACUUGUGAAACUCAGAAUCAAGUUUUAGCAACACGAAAAUGCAUGACUUCUGUAGAAUACUGUAAUAUCAUGUAUCCACGAACAGUGUAGCCUUCGGAAAACCCGUCGGUAAACUUAUAGUUCCUACUUGUUCCAAGAACCAAUCCACAAUCCAAGUGAAGUUGUGAUUUGAAAAGUCCUAGCAAUAUGCCACGACCAUCUCGCGAAUCCUACGGUGACCAGAAGCCACCCUACUCGUACAUCUCGCUGACGGCAAUGGCCAUCUGGAGUUCUCCGGAGAAGAUGCUACCGCUGAGUGACAUCUAUAAAUUCAUCACAGACCGGUUUCCUUACUACCGGAAGAAUACCCAACGCUGGCAAAACUCACUUCGCCACAACCUUAGCUUUAACGACUGCUUUAUCAAGGUGCCAAGGAGGCCAGAUCGACCUGGCAAGGGAGCUUACUGGGCUCUCCAUCCGCAAGCAUUCGACAUGUUCGAGAACGGGAGUCUUCUCCGACGGCGGAAACGCUUUAAACUUCACAAAAAUGAUAAGGACAUCCUGAACGAAGAACUCGCUGCUCUCGCCAACAUCAAUCGGAUAUUCUUGGCGCAAAAUUCCGGUGCAGAUGCCUACUGUCCCACGAUGGUUGAUCCCAUCCACCAACCCAUGCUUCACUCUCCAAUAGAACAACAUUCUCCGGUAUCCGUACCGGCUCCAAUUUCCCCCAUAUCGAUUACCGAAACCUCCACUCCCUUGCGACCGAAACGAGCCUUCACCAUCGAAAGUCUCAUGACUCCGGAUGGUCGAUCAACUCCCAUCAGUCCCAAGAAAUCCUCCAAGGUCCAACACGACAAACUUAACCUUCUUGACGACAAUCCACGGAUACCGGGAUUCCUACAAACUCCAACUCUCCCACCUGCUACCUCUCUGCCCGGAGCCAACAUUCCUCCCUUUUUCCCGUAUCAUCAUCCGGCCUUGGGCGGCUAUGACUUCCCGAUUCACCCGCUACUGAUGAUGGCGCCCCUCGGUGCUAUCCCUCCGCACUACUUCCACCAUGCGUCCUAUCACAAUCUAACUCUUCCGCCGCAAGGAGCCGGAGGUGGGACAGGUGGAGGAGGCAGAGGCGUCGGCGGCCCUACGCGAGCAGGUGCAAUAGACACCGGAACCGGUUCCAGCGUCGCUGUAGAUUCCGGCCCCACUGACCUGAGCCGGCUUGGACACGCACUGCGGACGGUGUGAAAGAUGUGUGACAAAUCACCGUGUUUGUAGGGGAACCCCAUACGCAAGAGAAGGCUGUUUGUUAUUUACCAUAUAGUUUUGUCGGAGUUUUUCGAUUGUUUGUAAAUUGAGUAUGUGUCGUGUUAGAGUCGAAAGCAUCAAUCUUAAGCACGAAAUGUUCCUUCGAUUUUUGCGGAAGGAACCGACUGUAAAUCUGUACAGUAAACUAGUUUUUAGCAACUACCAAGACUUUACCUAAAAGAAUACGUAAUAGUUCAAAGCGAGUGGACGUUGAUUACAGAAAAGUACUUGUACAUAUAAGUGGAUGUUUAUUUAUCUCAAACGAUGUAUAGGUAACGCAAGAAGAGUGAAGUUCGACGCUCACUUUAAUCAGUUUUAGGCCGGCAAUCGACAGCAUGUAAGUGUUUAUCUUUUAAGUAUUCUAUGAAAUGUGACAUCCAUGGAUGAUCAAACCUAAAUGUGGUAUUCGU